UGCUACAACUGUCACACAACUGCAACUCCUUUGUGGAGGAAGGACGAUGAAGGCAAGACCAUUUGCAACGCAUGUGGCCUCUACUAUAAGCUUCAUGGCUCUGCUCGUCCCAUUAGUAUGAAAUCUGAUAUUAUUCAGAAGCGCUCUCGA